CCACCUUUUACACAGGUCCGGCGCAGUAGUAAUGCACUGGGCGGUAGUCCCGCUUCUAUUAGGACAUGUACGGUAGAGGAGGAUGACAUCGCGCCAAUCACAGUCACACAGAUCGCUCCACCAAUAGGAAGUAGGGAGGCGUGGUCUGGUUCUUGAGGCAGCUGCUGGUUACCCGAGGACGGUCCUGAUGGUCUCACAUAGCUGGGAGCCAUGGGGGGCAGAGAGCUGACCCUGCUGCUGCUGCUGUCACACCCCCUGCUGGUCUGGGGUCUCCGUUUCCAGGAAUACCUGUAUUUCCAAGUGCUGAGCCCGGGGGACAUUCGCUACAUAUUCACUGCAACCCCAGCCAAGGAUUUUGGAGGGGUGUUUAGUCAGAGAUAUGACCAGAUCCACCUGGUCCCUGCGGAUCCCCCAGAGGCGUGCAGUGAACUGAACAAUGGGGUGUUCAUCCAGGGACAGAUCGCACUGGUGGAGCGGGGAGGUUGUUCGUUCCUGUCCAAGACGCGGGUGAUUCAGGAGCAUGGCGGCAGAGCAGUGAUUAUUGCUGACAGCGCCACGGACAAUGACAGCAUCUACGUGGAGAUGAUUCAGGAUAACACGGGGAGGACAGCCGAGAUCCCAGCCCUCUUCCUGCUGGGCAGAGACGGGUACAUGAUCCAGCGUUCCCUGGAGCAGCACGGACUACCCUGGGCCAUCAUCUCCAUCCCAGUGAACGUCAGCAGCAUCUCCACCUUUGAGCUCAGACAGCCCCCCUGGACGUUAUGGUAGACGCACUGAGAUGUGGGAGAGGCACGAGGCACUGGGAAAGGAAAGGUUUGCAGACGGAGUAUUUAUACACACUGACUGUUUUUUGCUUUUGUGAAGCUGAUUUUUGUAUCUCCUAUUUUUGUCUUCCUCCGGGCUACUUGGAUUUAGCCGUGUUGUACGGUGCGUACUCCUACACCGACGCGACUCUCGCCAGGAGCGCAGAAUUCUCUUUUUUGUAAGAAUUCUAGCCCCAGGAAUUAUAUUUCCAAACUUGUGGAUGAGAAGAUACCUAACAAGACAUGCUGGGACUUGUAGUGACUGGAAGGCUGCCUGUGACAUGUUCUACAGAUAUUACCUACCUGCGCCCAGGUGUGGCACUUGUACCCUGCAGACUUCUGGGUUAGCCGUCCAGGUGGAGACACACGGGGGUAAAUUAACUAAGAUGGGAGUUCUAUUUAAGAUGUGAUGUUGCCCAUAGCAACCAAUCAGAUUCCAGGUAUUAUCUUUUAGAAGGUGCUAGAUAAAUGAGAAGUAGAAUCUGAUUGGUUGCUAUGGGCAACAUCCCUUUUUAAAUAGAACUCCCAUCUUAAUAAAUUUACCCCCCUGUCUCUGCCACUAUGGUGGAUGCCAGUGGGGUGAAUUGCGGACCUUUGUCCCCAGCGUUAAAGGGCUAAACAUGGUUCCCAAAAGUACAAGAAGCGCGUCGCUUAGACAGCCAAGUCCUGUAACGUUUUAUAGUCUGUAAAUAUUCUAUCAGACCUCGUCCUGCCCCCUGCAGUUGUCUGAUAACCUCAGCCGCUGCCUACACUAGUAACGAGUAUACAAUGUGACUUUCUAAGGAUGAAUAAAUGGUUUACAGUU